UCGACGGAACAAAGAGCAGAGUUCAUGUAUGAAAUGCCAGAAAGGCUGUAUCCCGGAGCUUUUCGCUAGCUUUUCGUCUGGGCAAUGAAAAAUUCCACUAUGCGAACGUCCAUCGUGGGUUGCCAAAAUAUGUGUUGCAGGAGAAAAAGUAACCAUUACGAAGUACUUCUCGUCAUUUCCUCCCCAUUUUUACCCCUUUCUUCAGCUGAGAGCAAGCUUUCCUCACAAACAUGCUUCCAACAACGCUCGUAUACUUAUAUGUAAAUCCGUGGCAGCAAGUGCCUCAAAACAUCACGGCAGCCUCGACAAAAAAAAGACCAAUCAUCGUAGAGGCACGGGAAAAUAGAAUACCACCUUCUUUUCAAUGAAAGAUAGACAUAACUUUUAUCAGUUGCUUACCACCAUUCCCAGGCAGUAAUAUCACCGCUAAAAUUUUUCGUCCGUCUCACACACACACUCCCCUCCUGCUCCUCGCAGCCCUGAAGAUCGUGGCCGCAGUCUCAAUGCGACACAAAACAGCGCCAAGAAAGUGUCAGGUCCACAUGGCCCAUGCUUCGGGCAAAGCAUGACCCUCAUUCACGAUCGCUGAAGUUCCACUUGGGACCAAUCGGGUUGUGAUUUGUCAUGCGGCGAGAGCGCGGCCCAAACCGACAAGAUGACGGAGGCGGCUACAACUUGACUCCGGAGUGUGAACGGAGAACAUGGGCUCUCAGGCGACAGCGCCAGUCAACACUGGGAGCGGCCACGCGUUUCAACGGCCAUGGAAGCCCGCCCAUGCAUCGUUAGCCGAAUUGGGGCUGCGGCCCUGUGGGCAUCGAUCAAGUAUUUCUCCUGCGCUAAUUGCCUGCACUAUGGAGCUCGGUGAACAGAUAGUCAGAAUAGUCCCGUGUCAGCUCAUCCACAUUAAAACCGUUGCGCCCGCAAAAGGAGACGGCACGCACAUCGACAUCGCCCGAGUCCGCUAUAAAGCUAACGUUGUCAUCGAGGGAGAAUGGUACCGCCGCGUGUAUCUGGCGGGCGGAGUUUUCCGACAAGGUCGGGAAUUCGGCGCCUUGCCUGUCGAAAGCGCGUGGCCGUGAGCCGCAAGCUCUUCAGAGGACGUACUAGAGUCCCGAGCCGCUGGUGAUACGGGUUGAUGUUGAGUACCAGUUCUCCUCCUCCCGCCGCCAAGGUGCAUCUAUUCAAGUUGAUAUGGCGGCAUGGCGGGAAGCACCAUGGGCCUUGGACGGAGAGCGCCCCAGAGAUCGCAGGAGACAAAUGACGUAAACAGCCUGAUCAGGCAGUUUGAAACGCCUCUGGCGGGGCCGCAUCCUCGAUAGCUCAGAGCAGAAGUUGUCGAUCGGCUAGUUAUGUAAAACAACGACAGGGGACUCCGCAGAAGAGCUGUCAGCCCGAAGCAUGCUUUGCUCGACACUGCGAUGAUGAGCAGACCCAAAGCAGCUUGCAUCUCAGCGUGUGUCCGGUCGAGAACAAUGACGGUGCGCUGUGCCUGGA